ACGAUGCGCCGGGCGGUCGUGUCGCGUGUUACGUCCGUCUUUCCUAUAAACUUCGGAAUAUUUUUACGAAAAUAUGUGAAGUUUCCAAACACAAUCCUGUGUAGAACUACUGUGUCGAACGUACAGUUUAGCGUUUAGUUGACUAGCAGCGUUGUUUAUAAGUAGUUUUAAGUAAUUGAAACUUAAUAGGCUUACUCGUUUUACCUGCAUACUCGGUCCCACGACGCGCGAAGCGGUUACCUUAUCGAAGAAACGAACAUUUUUCAAAUGGAUGUGCGUUUAUAUGCUGUGAUAGUGUGCGUGUGUGUGAUUGGAGUCCAGAGGCGGUGACAAGUUGUAGUGACGUGAUUAAAAUUGAUAAGUUGUAUUGAGAAAAGCAGUCAAGAUGAAGUGGUGCGGGGGUGAAAGGGGCUUGUUGGCCUGGCUGAUCGUGGUCGCUACGAACGCGGCGUCGGCGCAGUAUACAAAAGCACGGGAAUACACAUAUCCUACUCACCACGUCACAAGAUUGCGACAUUCGAGGCACCUCCCUAUAUACACAUCGGCCUAUAUUCCCGCGAGCGCUCCCAAACUGGCAGUGAAGGACAAUCGCAAACCAUUGUUCACUGAGUGCCUGAACUAUAGACCGACGGUGAAGGAAGAGCAGCCUGUGGGAACCUAUGUUUUUACGGUUCAAGCUGAAGACCGCGAUCCGCCUGAUAUGGGCGGUACAGUCACAUAUAAAUUUGUUUCUACUCCUGGCGAGAAGGAGAGGUUCAACGUAGACCCCGUCAGUGGAAGAAUAACGACAGCAGACAUAUUCGACCACGACGAACCUUCAAGAGAAAAAGAGACGUACAUAACAGUAAGAGCGAGUGACAACGGGCAGCCGCCUUUAGAUGAUGCCUGUACAAUUAAAAUCAUCAUUGAAGACAUCAAUGAUAACCAGCCAGUUUUCGACAAAGUUUCGUACUCCGAGUCGGUCCCACAAGACCUGCCUAGUGGAAGAGAAGUGAUGAGGAUAUCAGCUACAGAUAUUGACGACGGAAACAAUUCAAUAGUCCACUACAGUUUGGACUCGAAUUCACCAGACCAAUCAUACUUCUACAUAGAUCCUGACAACGGGGUCAUAUUUUUAAAUAAAACUAUUGAUAAAGUACCAGGUUACAAAUUUAAAUUAAGCGCCAUAGUGAAAGACAUGGGUGAGCAGCCCCAGCAAAGUGCAAUAACUUUGGACAUUCAAGUGGUGGAAUCUAAUAAGAAAAGUCCAUCGUUUAUCGAAGUUCCCGAGGAACCGAUCAGAUUAAAAGAAAAUUACGCCGAUUUCAAAACGCCCAUCGCCACAGUUAGGGCUGUGUCGAAUAUUCCGGACGAAGAGAAACUUCAAUUUGAAUUAGUCAUGGGUCAGACAGAACAAACGAACAAAAGACAUACAUUUGUAUUAGAGCCUGAGGCUAAUACCGCGUAUAUAAAGCUUGGAAACCAUUUAGAUUAUGAGAAAAUCACAGACUACACUCUUACAGUUCGAAUUCAGAAUAACUACAAAUUAGCAGCGGAAACUAUUAUACAAAUAGAAGUGGAAGAUGUCAACGACAAUAUACCUAUCUUCAGUGAAAUAAGAUCGGGCAGUGUAUUAGAAAAUGAACCACCAGGUACACCAGUCAUGCAAGUGAGAGCAUUCGACGCUGAUGGCACAUCAGCUAACAAUCAAAUCACAUACCAACUUGGUGACCCUUCCGAUCCAUUUGCAAUAGACAGCCUCACUGGAAAUAUAACUACUCUAAAAAUGUUCGACCGAGAAGAAAAGAGUUUUUAUAACAUUAAAAUUAUAGCUACUGACAAUUCGGAAUCAGCUCUGAUUCCUGGCAAACAUAACUCGGGACAGCAAUCAUUUUUGAUUGAGAUAGCCGAUAAGAACGACAAUCCUCCACAUUUCACUAUGGAUACGUAUGUUGCUGAAUCCAUUGCUGAGAAUGCUAAUAUAAAUGAGCUGGUCACUGUUGUUACUGCUGUUGAUAUUGAUACAGCGUCCGUCAUCACAUACAGUAUUGUAGCUGGGAAUACCUAUGACGCCUUCGUCAUUCGUAACUUUACGGGCGAAAUUCGAGUUAAUAAUGUGUUGGACUAUGAAAACAUAACGAGUUACAGUUUAGACGUACGAGCCUUCGACGGUCUUUACGAAGACUAUGCAAAAGUGAAAAUUAACAUCGAGAAUUUAAACGACAAUCCGCCAGUCUUUUUAGACAAUUAUAACGCAACGAUCGAAGAGGAGAGACUAUAUGAAAAUUGUAUAGUUAAGGUGGAAGCCUACGACCCAGACAUUAAGGACCGUAACGCGCCCCAGCACAUCGUCUAUUCCCUAGUGCGAGCUGAACAAAAGGAGUUUCUGCAAAUCGAUAACGACGGCUGCCUCAGACUGACAAAGCCUUUAGACCGGGAUCCUCCUUCAGGUUUUGCGAAGCGACAGAUCCUGAUCAUGGCAGCCGAUCACGGGGGGAAGUUGGGUUCUGACAGCUUGAGGUCUCCAACCGAAGUCAUCCUGGUGCUCACUGACAUCAACGACAAUGCUCCAUUUUUGACUAAUACUCAGCCGGUGAUCUGGUACGAGAACGAGAACCCUGGACAAGUGGUCGUGCUGACGGCCAAGGACUACGAUUCGGAGAAGAAUGGAGCCCCCUUCGAGUUCUCCCUAAACGAGUCUGCUUCCCUGGACAUUCGUUCCAAGUUCUCCAUUCAGGGUAACGUCUUGUCGGCGUUGGUUACCUUCGAUAGAGAAGUGCAGAAGAAGUAUGAGAUUCCAGUGGCCAUCACUGACUCGGGCACCCCCCGGAUGACUGGGGUGUCAAUCCUGACCGUUGUUAUCGGGGACAAAAAUGACAACCCUAUGGCUCCGGGACAUAGCAAUAUAUUCGUGUAUAAUUACAAGGGUGAAGCCCCCGACACGGAGAUCGGCCGCGUUUACGUCGAUGACCCCGAUGACUGGGACCUCCCUGAUAAGCGGUUCAUGUGGAUACCUUCCUACGAGCAACGGAGCCCGUACUUCGACGUGCACAGCAAGAAUGGCAUGAUCACGAUGAAGACUGGCACUCCUAACGGGACCUAUUUGUUGAGAUUUAAUGUGACAGAAGAAAACGAGCCAAAGGUGCCUUACCACUGGGUGGAAGCGACGGUUAACGUAACGAUCAAGGAGAUCCCAGAGGAGGCGGUGGACAAAUCUGGAUCGAUCAGGUUCAUCAACAUUACUGCUGAAGAAUUUAUCAUCCCUGAAGCCGAUGGAACGAGUAAAAAGGACAAGCUUCACCGCCGCCUCUCCCAGCUGUACAAUACUUCGAUGGACAAUGUGGACGUCUUCACGAUUUUCAGCAAAGUGACUGUCAAGGACAACUUCCUUGACGUGAGGUUCUCAGCCCAUGGGUCUCCGUAUUACCCGCCGGAGAAGCUGGAUAGUAUGGUCGUCGGGAUUCAGGAGAAGUUGGAAGACGAGCUCCAAGCGAGAAUCUACAUGGUGAAGAUAGAUGAAUGUCUGAUCGAGAAGGAACAAUGCGCGGAUUCCUGCCGAAACGUCCUGAUGAAGAAUAACGUUCCUCUAUCAGUGUACACAAACACUACUAGUUUUGUGGGAGUUUCAGCCAGGGUGGAGUCUGAAUGUACUUGUGAUGUGGUGGAUACCCUCAUCUGUUUGAAUGGAGGUACUCCGAUAGCCAACCAGUGCGAAUGCCCCGAAGGCUUGACCGGACCCCAUUGCGAGCAGACGUCCAUCGGUUUCCAUGGCGACGGCUGGGCCAUGUACCCCUCUCCCCCGGCGUGCCAUGAGGGUCACGUGACCUUGACCGUGACGUCACACUCCGCUAACAGCCUCGUCUUUUAUCUGGGCCCUUUGAAAUUUAACCCGCUUUUGGAUGUUCAAGAUUUCAUGUCACUAGAACUGGUGGAAGGUUACCCAGUUUUGCUAGUGAACUACGGCACAGGAACCACAAGGCUGAACAACAGUGUCGUCCACGUGUCUGACGGGAAGCCCCAUCUGAUAGAAAUAGUGUUGAUGAGAAGCUCUAUAGAGAUGUUCGUGGAUCGGUGCAAGCUCUCCACUUGUAUGAGCUUGGCGGCGCCUACUGGGCCUAAAGAGAUUUUGAAUGUAAACGGUCCUCUCCAGCUGGGCGGGUCGAGCGUGGACCUGCAACACCUGGCCCGCACGUUCGGCUGGCGGCACACUCCGACCAACAUGCCUUUCGUGGGCUGCAUCAGCAACUUCACGUACAAUGAUUUUGUGUACAACUUGGGGGAGCCGUCGGUACACCGAAAUGCUGACCCGAGCUGUCAGCGAAGCAUGUUCACGGCGGUCACUUUCGGAAUAGACACCAACUUCCUGGUGGCUAUACUAGUCUGCAUUGCUAUUUUAGUCAUCCUUCUGCUAGCCGUGGUAGUCCACAGGCGCCGCGCCGACGCGUGGGCCGAAAAGGAACUAGACGACAUCAGGGAGAACAUCAUAGCUUACGAGGACGAGGGGGGCGGCGAGGGGGACGCGGGGUACGAUCUCCACGUGCUGAGGCAGAUGUACGACGGACCACCACCCGAAACGGAUCCAUCUUUCAUGUACGCUCCAGGUCUAGGCAAAGGUGCAGCACCAGAUAUAUCCGGUUUCUUGGAUGACAAGAAGUCCGUGUUGGAUCGUGAUCCGGACAUAAAUCCGUACGACGACGUUCGCCAUUACGCGUACGAAGGAGACGGCAAUACAAGUGGCUCUCUGUCUUCCCUGGCCAGUUGCACAGACGACGGGGACUUGAAAUUCAACUAUCUGUCGACUUUCGGGCCACGAUUCCGCAAACUGGCGGACAUGUAUGGGGAUUCCGAUGACGAGAGAGCACCACACGAAGAAUCUUGGUGCUAGCACCACGCUUGGCUAGUGUAGCCUCGCCAUACCUUUAUAUGACUGUAGCGAAAAGGGCAGAGUUCAGUGCCAGUGCUUGGAACAGACCAAGUUUGAGAUGCCUUACCUUACUUAGAGUUUUAAGUUCAGCCUGUGUUUAAGUGAAACGAUGGAUCCCACCGUCCUAAGGAUGCAUUCGAGAAAACGCCGCGUAAAUUAUAAUGAUUGCCUGUGAUAAGUGUAAGCGUUCCAUUUUGUUCUAUUAGUAUGGUCAGUGAUUUGAAACGAUUUCGGCCUAUUCAAUAAUGAUUUCUGUUCGUUCUCCUGUUUUCAGGAAAGUUAUGUGUCCUGAGACACUUUUUGAUUACAAGCGUCCCUUAAUGUGUCCCUGGCCUAAGACUUUCAAUGGUGAAUGUUAUCGAUGUGAUUAAUAGGAACCCAUAUAUAUGACAGUUAAUAUUACAUUAUUUGUUGUUAAUACAAAUACAUCUCAAUUAAUAAAAAUAAUACCUACAUUUGAUUACAGUCUAAAAAAAAUUACAACAGUUUUGUUGUUUAAUAAACAAUUGUACACACGGGUUCACUUAUCUUAACGUAUGUGUGAACUUUUAUAUUUUAAAUGUUAGUUAUUAAGUUGAACUAUAUUGUGACUUGACAUACAUAAGAAUUAAAAUAAUUAUUGGAUAAUUUUAAGAAACUGACUGAGUCAUAAUGUUUAAGCCGGUCAAAAUGUCCGUUUUUGUAUCUGAUUUUAAUUACUCUUCAUAUUUGCAUGCCCGUAUAUUAAUUUAUUUGUCAAUUUUCGGGCCUAAUUCUUAAAAAAAAAAUAAAAACUGUGCCAUUGUUGUGACUUUUGAUUUACUUUUUA